GUAUUGCGUUGUCCGUGCGCGCGACUACACGUAACGCGUCCGCGAACCUUCGAAUGUACGAUCACGAUUGUGUUAUAUAAAAAUUCGCAUUCUUUUAUCCAUUCGUUACAAGUAGAAGCAGUGCUGCAAAAUCAUUAAAAUUCUCACCUUAAUCUUCUUACAUUCCAAAGCGUAACGUUAUAUUUUUUGAGGAAAAAUAUUCGAACUCGACAAAGAUUAGUUGCGUUAAUCUGAAGCCUUUAGUGGAAUUUAUAAAUUGAGUAAUAUAAAUUAGUGAAGAUUUCGUCCAAGAUAGUGGAAGUAAGUGCGUUGUGGAACUGGACGGUCGGUGAUGUAGUGUCGGUGAACAACAGCAGCGAGAUGGAUACGAUGAUAAGCGUGUGGACGAUGGUGGAGCACGUCAGGGUGGCCAGCGGCGCCGCCGAGCUCGCCAUCUUCACGGCUAUUCUCUACUGGUUCUUCACGUCCAGCCGUGUGGCCGAUAUGCUGGAGGUGGUUGGCGAGAGGGUGGGGGGAUGGUGUGGCCGAGACACCAGCUCCUCCCUCCGACAGGCGGUGCGCGCGCGUAAAAGGCAGCAGGAAUAUGCGAAAGUGGACAAUGAUGUUGCUUGCCGCACAUCGUCGCUAUACAGAAUAAAGGAAGGACCAGUGAUUCCGGCUCCUGAACCGCAGAUGAGACCACCAGCUGGACUGGCGUGUGGAAGAUGUGCACCGGUUUCCAGGGACUCAUGGCAGGACCCCAAAGUGAAAGACACGGGCGCAGUAAUCAACAUUCUAGACAUUGGUAGACAAAACUUCGCGAAUGGUGGCGUGGUCUCCCGCUACUUAUGUGACCUAGCCCAAUGCUGCAACCUCUUCAACUACGAUUACAAAGAUGUUGUUCCUAAUGUAUUAAAAGACGACAGCGUAGAGAGCGCGAUAGAGGAAGCGACACAGGAGGAGCUCAGUAAAGCCAAGGAAGCCGGUCAGUCCGGCGCUCAGUACGCCACCGUGAGGAAACGAGUGGAGGCAAAGGCUUUGAAGGUCGUCCAGGAUAUCAGUUCGGCUAUGUCUAAUAAUGUUCUCAAAUUCGUAGCAUGGGUAUGUCACAAAGCCGUCCGCCGGGUCGCGGGCGGCGGCUGCGGCACCCGGGUGGCUGGCGUCGAGCGUCUCCGCCGAGCCAACGCAGCUGGUCUUCCUCUAGUCUUCGUACCCCUACACAGAUCUCACUUCGACUAUAUCCUGAUGACCUUCACACUAUAUCUGACGGGAUUGAGGCCGCCUCUAGUGGCCGCCGGCGACAAUAUGAGGAUACCUUUCUUUGGUUGGUUCCUCCGAGGUUGUGGUGCUUUCUACAUCAGGCGAAGAGUUGAAGGUUCCGAGUACCACGGUGACCCCACAUACAAGUCUGCACUUAGGGCGUAUAUCCUGAACAGUUUAUCAGCCGGCAACAAUCUGGAGUUCUUCAUAGAAGGAGGACGUACUAGGACAGGAAAACCACAGACACCUAAAGCGGGAAUAUUAUCAGUGAUCAUGGACGCUUACCUAGACGGAACUAUAGAUGACGCACUUCUAGUACCAGCUACGUUAAACUAUGACAAGCUAGUCGACGGGAACUUUGUUCGCGAACAAUUGGGCAUGCCCAAACAAAUGGAGACCUUCUGGUCAGCUCUGAGGGGCAUUUGGAGGACUUUGAACACUAAUCACGGAAGCAUAAGAGUGGAUUUCAAUCAGCCUAUCUCUUUGAAGGAACUGGUAACAUCAUUCCAAAAGUACCAACACUACAAGGCUCCCAUCGAGAGUUCCCUGACUCCUCCCAACAACAACCUGGCGGUUAACCUGGACAGACAGAUCCUGUACAACCACAGCCACUCCAGCCUGUACGGCGCCGACGUCAGCACCGACCACAAGAUGAUGGUCGAGGCUAUCGGCAGACAUCUCGUGUACGACGCCUCCCAAGCCACAGCGCUAAUGUGCACGAACGUGCUAUCAUACGUGCUACUGACGGAAGCGCGUCGCGGCGCCACGCUGGGCGCGCUGACGGCGCGGCUGGCGGCGCGCGGCGCGGCGCUGGCGGCCGACGGACGCGACCGAGGCUAUACCGGCGAGCCCAGCCACGCUGUCAGACAUGCGCUGGACAUGCUAGGCCGCGGUCUGGUCCGCGUGUCGGGCAGCGGGCCCCGCGCGUCGGUCCGCGCGCAGGCGUCGGUGUCGGCGUCGCUGGAGCUGGCGUACUACGCCAACGCCGUCGUCGCGCACUACGCCGCGCCCGCCAUUGUCGCCACAGCCCUAGAAACUUUAGUCUGCUCAUCAUCUUCCAACGUGGUCCGGCAAUCAGAUCUCCUGAACGCAUCGCUACAACUAUGCGAAGUAUUGAGUCACGAGUUCAUAGUGUGUGCUCCCUGUCAGCGCAUACAGGAUCGAAUGCUGGACGCCAUCGAUGGGUUAGAAGCUCAACAGCUGCUGGUCAAGGAGAAGUCGCCAGUGCUACUAGAAGAGGAGCAGUGGUCGCGUCGCAUGGCCGCGCGGCUGGAGGAGGACGACGUGGUGGAGCGGCCCGACCCCGCGCAGCGACUCACCUACACCGUCUCGCAGCUGCCCGAAGCACUCGCAGAGAGACGAAGACUGCUGCUGACUCUGCGGCCGCUACUGGAAGCGUACGCCGCGACGUGCCGUAACUUAGAAGCCGGCACCAUGAAGGACGUCGUCAAGAACACUCUCGACUCGCUCACCGACGACUUCACGCACAAUAGGAUGGUUUACGGCGAGGCGGUGUCGACGGACGCGAUCCGCAACUGCCUGCGGCUGCUGCGGCAGUGGGGCGCGGUGGAGGUGGCGGGGCGCGAGCGGCGCCUGCGCCUGCGAGCCCCCUACGACGCGCCGGCCGCGCGGGCCAGCCUCACGCACAACGUCACGCAGUUCUGCGUACCCUCGCCGCUGCUCGAACAACUCUAACCGUGCCGUGUGUGACUAGUGAACUGUGUCAGUGCCGGAUUGAAGACGAGAACUGGGAUGACGUACGUUUUAGGGCUCAGGUUAAUUAGAGCCCCCCAUCACAAGUGAUCUGACUGAAUUUCGUCGUAAAAAGUACCACUGUAAUAAGACUUUUGGAGGCCCCGUUUUCGCUAAAAGCCCAGGUUUUUUUUAAUCCGGCACUGCCGUGUAUAAAAAGGACGAGUGAGAAUACCUUUCGCGUAGUGUUAAAGUGAAGGCAGCAUUUCAAACGACUUUUGCAUUAUAUUGGUUCAGUGUGAUCGAAUUGUCGUAUGACGUCUUGCUUGGUUAUCGUUUAAAUUUGUAGUGUCUUUUGCUAUGUUUCCUAGCAAUAUUUUUUUGUUAGACGAGACAUGUCAUUGUCUAUAAAUGUUAUUGUUACACUUUGCUCAUAUAGUACCAAAUUAAGUUUCAUUGUAACAAUAAAUAGUUUUCAUGUAUGUAAAGACUUUGAUGGCUCGAAAUUAAGCCAAAAAAAUCGAAAACUUAUUUGUGCGGCGUAAAAUGUCAAAGCGAAUAGACAUAAAAGCGCCACUCGAGUAAAGUUAUUAUAAAUUUAUUGAAUGCAAUGUUUUCUUACACCUGACCAAAGAUAGACUUUGUAGUGGAACCCUUUAUGGUCUGGUUUUAAACAUUUCUGCAAAAUUAUAUGUUUUAUGUCAGUCAAGGGAGUACAAUAUUUAUUGGAGUAUGAUUUCAUUGUAAUAUAAUGUAGUUUUGACACCCUGGGUGUUAGUGCUUGGGUAUAGUUGUCUCGCCAACUAGACUCUGUCAACAAAUUCUGCUUGGACGAGAAGUAUCAUUCUAAAUCUGAAUAUAUAUUUCAAUGCGUGCGAAAAGUUAAUAAUUUAUAAUAUACGUGUGUUAUCGAAAAUGAAACUGCAUUUUGUCGGGACAAAUAAUGACAUCUAUAGCAGUAUUUGUUGAUAGCGACUAGAGGACGUCCCAUGACCUACUGUAACAAAACGUGGACUAUCCAAACUCAUAAUUAUACAUAUUUAUAUGUACUGAUUGUUAUACAAACAAACAAUUAUGUUUAUUACCACAUUGUGUAACAGGGACAUGGAUAUAUGUAGUUUAAGUUUUAACAGUUGCCGGGGUAACAACGACGUGCGUUAUUCUAACGUAAUAUUGUUAUAUUUAUACCAUUCGGAUAAGCGAUAUUGUUACAUUUUCAACACAUUGUGAUUUAGUGUGUUAUGCGUUUUGUAUGGUACUGAAGGUUGCUCAAAGAUUGGAGCCAAUUGUCUCGUGAUGUUAAUGUUUUGGUACAUUAUUCAUUGUUGGCACUCUUCUUAUUCACACUACAUAAUAUCAGUCUUGAAAUAUAUGUGAAAACGUUCUCUGUUAUGCAAGUAAUUAUCAUUCAGUAGUUAAGGUAUUUUCCGCAUUUGCUACUCGGCGCGGGAAAUUCCCAAAACGAUUUUUAUUACCGUUGGAUUUAACUAACUUGUAUUAUAAGAAUUAGGUUUAAUAUAGCCUUCUAAAGUUUGUAUCGACAAUUCUUGAGUAUAAUUUAAUACUAGCUACCAAUAAAUAAUGUACCAAUACCAUACUUAUUGAUCUGUGAUGUGACAGCUAAUUAAAACGAGAGUUUUUGUAUAUAUUGUGACUAAAUUAUCAUUUAUUUUCGAAGUUGUCUUGAAUGUUUGUGCGUUGUGAUCUCAAGAUUGCAAUAAAUGUGCUUGUGUGCGUACUUUUUGCUUACAAUGUGAGUUGGUUGGCAUUUAAAGGAAUCAUAUUCGACAAAUUGCCCUGCAUUACAUAGUAUAAAAAGUCCGCAAACAAGUAGUUCACAUAGCAUUUGUAUCUAAAGUGGAAAUAAGUAUGGCUGGCCAUUACCCGACUCCAAAGAGUCAAGUUAUUCCUUUUUGUACUGCGUUAAACUUAAGUCGACAAAUAGUAUGUAGAGUUUAUUUACUUUGUCACCCAUAUAAUGAUAAAAGGGGGCAAAGCUAAGAUUGAUUAAAACAAUCUUGAAAUAUU